GGAAGGGUUCAGUGAAGAUCUGAAAAUCAAUUUAGCUCAUUUAUAGAAGUCUUAUAACCUUAAUAGCCUACCAUAUGAAUCAUAACUUAUUUUAAUAAUACAACAUAAUGUGUGCUGGAUACAUGCUUGAUUGGGAGGAGGGUAACACACCUAUAAAUAAAACAGACAGGCACAGCAUAUUUGAGUCAAUGUGAAGCUGCAUGGAGCUCAGCUAACUCUCUGGAUAAACAAAGGUUAAAUUCAAACUUGCAGCAGUCAGGGGUAGCCUAUGGCGCAGACAGACAGGCAGAUGCCUCCCAGCUUCCUGUUAUCCUGCCCUCCUCAGCAGACAGACGCAUCCUCCUACUCCGGCCGGCCAGAGGACACGGAGGAGCAGGCUGCAGCCAUGGGACAGCAGCAUCUCACCGGCAGGAACACUGGAGAGGACCGGGCUGUGCUGCCUGACUGAAGACUGACUCUUGAUGUUGACCUGUCUGCAACAGAAGGCCUGAAGAUGAUUUGAACCAACCGGAAAGCCUGUUGAACCUACAUUAUGACUGAAUUAGAGGCCUCAGGGGUGGUGGAACAUACCCCGACCUACAUGAUUUUUGUGGUGGUCUUCCUCUUCUUCCUCACCGGACUGUUUGGCUUCCUCAUCUGCCACCUGCUGAAGAAGAAGGGCUACCGCUGCCGCACCGGAGACAUGGACGAUGACGAGGAGGAGGUGGAAAAGCUUGGAGGAAAUGCAGACGAUGAGGAUGAAGACAACCAGGACACGGUGGAGCAGAUCCUAAAAUGUAUUAUUGAAAAUGAAGCUAACAUGGAAGCCUUCAAUGAGCUGUUGGGAAACCACAAUGUCUGUGUGCGCCAUGACCCCAGGUUGCGUAAAGAGUCCAUUGGUGGUAUUCCUCCCCAUCACCACACAGUCCACUCAGGCACCGACCACAACUCCUGCCACCUCUGUGCUCAGGUCCGGUCUAAAAAGGGCAGACGACAAAGUCGAACCCCCCGCUCCAAACAACGCCCUGGAGAGCAGACUGUCUUCUCUGUUGGCAGGUUCCGGGUGAUACAUACCGACAAGAAGCUCCAUGGAGGUCCUAAUCCAUUGGUCAUUUCAGGGGACCAGCUGGACCAAUCCCAGGACAGUGAGGAGCGGAAGGAGGGCGGGUACAAUCUGAGAAGCAUGUUUAAGGAUGUCCGUCCACCUUCCGAGAACUCUAAUGGGGUUGCUCCGAAUGUGGGAAAACGCAGGAAGAGUCUAACCAUAUUCGGGCUGAGGCGGGGCAGCGACCCCGUUGGCAUUAAGGUAGGGGAGGGGACAGGUAGGGAAACUGGAGGUAUUAGAUUUGCUAUUCAGCCACAACCUGUCGUGCUAGAGGAACUGCAGACAGAGAGCACUGAAGUCGACCCUGAACGUGGUACUAAACCUGGUAUCAAAUCUGAAGGCAAGCCCUCAAAGAGUUCUGCUUCACCUCAACGUGAGGCCAAAACUUCAGGUUCUGUUAAUUCUCUCUCUUCCCAAAGUAAGAAUUAUGCCUAUGACUCAGGCUCUGCUCCUGAGAAUGGCUUGAAACAUGGGCCAAGUCCUGAACUUCGUACAAACCUUAUGAUCAAACCUUCCAUUGGGAGUACAGCAGCUUCUGCCCCCAGCUCUCUUCCCAUUCCAAUUCCUGCUUUUUCUGGACAGACAACUGAGAAACGAGCAGAUGUUGAAGAUAAGGUGCUAAAAAAUAACGAGGCAUACGAUCCCGGGCCGCUACAGACCUCUACACCCAUCGCUCCCAUGCAUGGAUCUAUACCAGGUUUUACUCCUGUCAUUCCUACUGGUCAACCUGAACCCUAUUCUAGCACAGAUUUUCCAGUUACCCAGACUCCUCCCGACCCAAGCUCCAGCCCAGAUCUGGAACCAGGUUUUGGUGCUAACCUAGCUUUAAUAAGCUUAGGUUCAUCCCCUCCAUCUUCGGUCUCAAUAGAAACCCCAUCUUCAGUUUCUUUGUUAAAAACUCCUACCUCACCCCUGGUGGUCACACCUAGUCCCAAACUAAGUUCAAGAAACAUGCCAUCAGAGGCUGCUAGAACUGAUUUUUCUCCUGCCCUCACUCCAAGCCCCAAACUACCGUCAGGCCGAGCAAUGUCUAGCCAAUCCCCUGUUCUAUCUUCAUCCUUUGGAAAAAGUGCUAGUCCAUUAAAAGCCCGAACUCCCUCACCCGCUCUUACUGCUAUCCCCAAACUUGAUUCCAUGUCAGUUUCACCACAAACCCCCUUCUCUUCUCCAGCUGACCAAAACCUGUCCUUUGGAAGUUCACCUCGUCUGACUUUAAAGUCAGUAAGUGUGACCAAAGGGGAUGUGGUUUCAAGCUCAUUAUCUCUAAAGGAUCAAGACCUAGAAGGUGCCAGAGUCCCAAAAACCGAAGAAAAGACAGAAAUUAAGAGGGUUGGGAUUCUCAAAACAGCUAAACUCUCACCGGUUCAGGGAGAGUCUAAAGGUUCUGCCCUUUCCUCUCCCAUUGAUCAGCUUUCUAAAGACAGACUGAGUACUUUGCCUCUGUCCCCUUCCAGUCCGCUGUCCCCGUCCUCACCUAUAGGGAGCAGAGUAAGUAGUGUGGCCAUCGUAAAAGCCAGCCCUGACAGCAAGCGAGAGUUUUCUGUUGUCACUAUGGUGGAAGAGGAAGAGUGCUCUACUUCAGUAAAAGACAGGAAAGGAGAGACUUCUGAACUUGGGGUUGAAUCAGAAAAAGCGGGAAUAAGUCCAGCAGUUGGUUGGGGUGGACAGGUUUCUGUCUCAGAAGUUGGACAACCUGAAAAUCAAAGUGGAGCGACUUCUGGAACAGAUGGUAGGACAACGGUGAGCCAAGACAAGGAUGAUAUGAUGGAGAUGGAAGAUAUUAGGAACUGCAAAGUGACACAGGUUGAAGAAGCAGAGAGAGUGGAUGAGGAGUUGGAAAAGAGAGUGAACAUUUAGUCAAACAGGACUGAGAGGUGAAGUCUCAUAUCAGGAUGGUGGAUAGUUCAAACUGUUCUGACAAUCCAAAGAAGUGAAAAGGAAAGAAAAUGGAGUAGCAGCGGGACCGCAGAGGCUGGUUAAUGACUAAUGGAAAAUCCUCAGAUACUCUUCCACUGCUAGAUUGAAAGGAUAAUACGAUGUUGCAUGAUUUAGCCCUUUCACCAGAAAUCACACAUAUAAUUUACAUAAUGGCUAACCAAUUUGAAAACCAUGUUUUUGUGAUUUAGAUUUUUGCAUGUUUUUUCCUACUUUUGCAGGCAGCCAUUGGCUUCCAUUUAUUAGUACGUUAAGAGUCUGAGCCUGUUAUGUUGGGAUCAUGAAAUACUGUCCGACUCAGUAAUCAUGAUAACAGUAAUACAAAACCUAACAAGACAAAGAGUCUACAGCCAUGCUAGUGGAUCUAUGAGGCUGUAGGCACAAGGGCCAUUAGAGCUUAAUGCUAGCAUCAGUAUGCUGCUAAUGACAAUGUUUUCCAUGGUCACCAUAGUUUAUAAUGCUUACAUUUCCUAAUUACCACUAAACCCAAAGUACAGCUGAAUGUCAUUAGUUAGCAAUGCAGGGUGGAGUUUUCCUUUGACUAAUUGUUUUGUGUGACAGGCUGACCACUUUCUUAUUGAUAAGUUAACAUCUAAGUGCUUACUUGUUAACACGCUGUACGUUUGAGUCUUUAACCAGAGGUGUGUGAUUAAUUUAUUGAUUUGUCAUGAUUAUUUAUUGAUAUAUAAAGGUGCUAACGACUGGCACCUCUAAUUUCAUCUAUUGAUCCUCCUGAUUGUGAAUCAAGAUUAACAGCACAAGCACAGACAGUCACUCUAUGAGCAGCUUGGCCAAUGGAGAUAUAUCAAUUUGGUAACUAUGUUUGACCCUAUCUUAUAACGUAGUUGCCUUUGGCAAUUACAGCAUGUUGCCAGGUGGAUAAAACGGCCUUUUCAUUUUAAAUGUUCCCCCUUAUUUUAAUUCCUUCAUUCCCUCCUUGUGCUUCAUUUUAUAGCACAGUGAAGAGCUUCACCAUGAGAGUAUAACCCAUAUGAAUGUUACACUGCCCUCCACAGAUCCAUCCUCCACUGCCCACAGUCCCUGUUAGUGCUAGUGAAGCAAUAAGGGAUUGAUCUCUCACUGGCUUCCCACCUUGUGAACACUAACAGUUAUUUUGAACAUGGGUCUAAAGUGGUGGUUCUGUUCUUUUUUAGCACUACCGAACACAGAGCCAGAAGAAGAAGAUAAAGAUAUAUACUUUAUUGAUCCCCUAGGGGAAAUUCUUCUUUUCACUCUUUUUUAUUCUUACAUACACACUGGCUGAAAUACACACUUCACACUUGUGGACAUGCAACAGGGAGAGAUAUGGUGGAGUGAUGGGCUCGCCACGUUAGCGGCGCCCAUGAGCAGUUUCUUGGGGUUAGGUUGCCUUGCUCAAGGGCACCUCGGCAGUGCACAGGAGGUGAAGGCACCUCUCCAGCUACCAGUCCACACUCCAUAUUGUGGUUUGUGGGAUUUGAACCGGCGACCCUCCGGUUCCCAAGCCAAGUCCCACCCGCCCCGCAGCCAGCAGUCAUUUAUGUGACCAUAUAGAGCAGUCCCAGAAUAUUAUUGUUAUACUAGUGUAAUCAGGUACUUCCACUGAUAGAUAUACUGCAUUUCAUUUUAGUUUUCUGGAAUUGUUAUAUUAAUACAUUUUUUACAAGUCUUAUUAUUCACAACACUUAUUCCUGCUUAUCCUAUUUUGUCACGUUUAACAAUACUUUAGUGAAAAGCAAUGACAAAGGACAACUAAGAUGGCAAGUAUAGCCAUAGACUUUGUACUGAUUGUGUUGUUGAGCAGUACAUGUCGGGGGAGUUCCUUAGUAUGUUAAAUGAGACUAUAGAGACAUGAAACUUCCACAGAAUAAAUUCUGCAAACCUUAAAGCUGUGAAACUUAGAGGUAAUGUAUUUUAAAUGUGUAAUAGUAUAAUGGAGUAUAAUAAGUCUAACUUAUAAAGCUUCCACAUCAGAUAAAAGACAGGCGAUUGUACACUCGUGGGAGCCUCUGGUGGGAGAAAUUAUACUUUUUUUGUGAACACACAUUAUUGUUUCAAGCAGACUAUUAUUUGUCUUAAUACGUGUCUGGAGGGGAUCUUUAACCACCAAUAAAAAAUUGAAAAUAAAUGUCAAGUAAGUGAGAAAAUAUGUAUGUCAUUUAUAUAAUCUGAAACACCAUGGUGAGGUUUAACUCUAGAAGGGAAUCUGUAUUUCUAUUUUCUGGCAUUCAGCCCAUUCAAGCCCCUGGCCCUGGAGACUGGUUCUGGUUAGAACAGAAGGAGUUUACCAGACACAGUUCAAAAGUUUCAGGUCAGAGGUCAGCGUCAUUUCCUGGUCUUUAUGGGAAACCAAAGAGGCCUAGUCUACUGCCCCAGAUUUCCUCGCACUCUGUAUCUUUCUUUUGCCCCCAGAUUUUCAUUUCAACCAUCUUCUGCUUUGCUGUGUGACUUUUCUCAACUGGAAAUAUAGUAAAUUAUCUUCAUCCAGACCUUUACAAUAUAUUCAAAAGUUUGAAUGCUCUGAUAAGUGAUCAUGAUACAAUUUGUGGCACCCUCUGCUGGUCACUAAACACACGACACCUUCACAUAUAUUUUUAUCACCCACCUUCAUAACUCUUCACAUUCACCCCUAAGCUGCUGUGUCAUCAUCAACAUAUUUAUUCUACUAACAUCAAACUGUUGUGUUAAAUAGAGUUUUAGAUUGUUUUUAUGCACUCAACCUCUAAAGCCAUUUUAGAAUAAUAACAACUGACUAAAUGCAUCAUAUAUGUACAUUACAUUGCAAAUAUGGAGUCAUGUAUAUUUAAAGACAUGAAAUAUCUUAAUGGUGCAGCUAUUAGUAGCCAUAUUAUCCAACACUGAUCUAUGUGCAGCUCUGUCCCUCUUUAUUUUCUUUCCUACAAUAACCAGCAGUUUGUUGUAAACAUGAAAUCUGUAUGAAGUCUCCAAAUUGAUUUUAGGAGAGCAACUAAACAGAUAGUACAUAAGGCUAGUAAUAGGGCUAUAAAUGUCAGUGGUCAUCUGGAGUCAUUUUAGUCUUGAAAGCUUAGUUUCUUCCCUUCUUUCCAGUUUUAAGUACGUAUAGAAGGCCAGAAGGCUCAUGAUAAAGUCAUUUGAAAAAAAUGUUGAUUUGCAUUGGAAAAAUGUAUUUAGAAAAUUAUCUUAAAACUUGUUUUUAAAUAAAAAGAAAAUGUUAAGAUACAAUGCUAAACUGAAAUCAUAUUAUUAUAAGUCUUCUUUAACAAAGUAUAAUCAACAAAAUAAUAUGCCUGCGGUUAAUAGCAGAUUAAUUACACGCUGCCUGGUAAUUCUUGUAUAAAACAUUAGCACAAUCUCAGCAAUAAAUUGUGUCCUUUGUAGGGAAAUGGGGCCCAGUAUUCAGCUAUUGUUACUCAAUAAAUAAUCUUUGGAACGAGGCUAAUUGAGUUACAAAACAACUUUUAUCAGCUAAAUGUAAAGGCUUUAUGUUGAAUCUUCAAAGAAUGAAUGUUGAUAAAGUAUUAUGAGACAAAUUAUAGAUUUGUAAUAUUAUUAAGAUCUCCUGUGGCAUUCAAAUUGCAGGGGCAUUCGUAGAAAGUUUGGAAAUAAAAUGGAAGGUUAGAAACUGAAUGUUAUCGGCAGUAUUUCAAAACUUCCUAUGUGUGUGUAUAUGAAGUCUUAAGCAGGACAACAGCCAGAGUCACAACCAGCCCGAGGGUUUACACACCAGCAAAAGUGUGAAUAUUAAUAUUAAGGACAUCCAGUACGGCUAAGAGGUCUAGCCUUUUGAUUUUCCUUUCAGUUUCCAACUUGAUUGUAUCUUCAUUUCUUCUUUAGGUUGACACACCAGCACUGGUAUCUGUGUGGUCCACAAUACAUAAUGUUUUGUUUUUGUUGUUUUGACAAUGGGACCAAUAAUAUAUACAUUUUGGUCAGCUUGCAACAUGCACCCUGUUUCAGCCCUACCAUGUAGAGAAAACAGUUUAUUAUUAAUGCAGAAUUUGCAGCGAUACUACAAAUAUGGUGAGACAUAAAACAUUACACAGAUUAACAGCUGUUCAUAUUGAAACACCACUGAAAACUGCAAAAGCUUAAAAGCCUCUAAACUCAUUAUUCUGCAUAAUCACUAUCAAUCCUCAGAGUUGAUCAAAUCAUGUAUAAUGCAUUUAUCCUGUCUAGCAGGGCCUGGAAUAUAUGUACAGCAGAAUACACACUGAUGAUGUAAGAGACUUGUAAAUAUGCAGAUGUAUCAUAAUUUACUCCAGUGAAAUAAAAUACCAGAACUAUGCUUUUCAAA